UCCUUAUCCCCUUGCCCCAUUUUCCCUCUCUUCACUUCCCGCUUGGCCACCUCAACCGCCGGCGAGCCAUGCCUCCCCCAGCGGGGCUGCCUCCCUGGCCGACGCCGUCCACCACGCGCCUGACGACUCCGACCCCGACGCGGCCUCCUCCUCGUACCACCCACGUCCGCCCGCCGCCUCCACCACCUUACACUCGCGUCCGCAUUCCUCCGCCUCCGCCUGCUACGACGCCACCACCGCCCCGCCUGGAGCCCGCAGCGCCUAAACCAGCGGCCGUCUCCACACCCUUGCCUCCCGCCACUGUCUCCGCAACGGCUUCGUCGUCCACCUGCCUCGACUGCGUCCAUUUCGGGAAGUGUUCAGGGUGCACGCACGAGGUGGACCUCGACAAGCCGCCGGUGCUGCAGGAGGUGGCGAAUUUCUUCAAGGGGCACGGGGUCGGAGAUUUCACCUUCAGCAGGGGCAGGCUGUCCCAAUGGCGGUGCCGAGCAAAGUUAGCUGUUCGUGGAACACCAGAGAACCCAUUGAUUGGUUUAUACCAGGAAGGGACGCAUGAUGUUAUAGAUAUUCCAGAGUGCAGAGCUCACCACCCAAGCAUUAAUGCCGCUGUUAAGUUGCUAAGGCAAGGUAUAACUGAGCUAGGUAUUCAGCCAUUUGAUGAAGAUGCUGGAACUGGUGAACUCAGAUAUGUUCAGAUGGCUGUGACAACAUAUAACACAUCUAUUCCAGUUGAUAAAAGAUACGAACAAGGGAAAGUUCAAAUUUCAUUGGUUUGGAACUCAAGAGACGAGCGCUCCCAGAAUGCAGAGAAGCUGAUUUCAUUGAUAGAAUACUUGUGGAGAAAUGGUGGGCCUAAAAGUAGUGUUCAUCUGAUCCAUUCUAUAUGGGCCAAUUUUCAGACAUCAACCAGCAACAUAAUUUUUGGGCAUAAAUGGAGACAUCUUAAGGGGGAGAGGGACCUGUGGGAACGUUAUGGGGGAGUUGAUAUUUCUCUGGAUCCUUGUAGCUUUGGCCAGGCUAAUACUCUGUCAUUUAACUCUUUGUUGCAUAAGCUGAACAAGUAUGUACCACGUGGUUCAACAGUUGUUGAUUUGUAUUCUGGGGCUGGCGUUAUCGGCCUAUCAGUUGCUGCUUCAAGGAAAUGUAGGUCAGUGAAAUGUGUUGAGAUUAACAAACAGUCAAAGAUGUCUUUCGAGACAUCAGCAAGCCGACUUCCAGCGAACCUGGGUUGCACCAUCACUUGGCACAAUACUGACGCUUCAGUUGAACCUGUUCACUGGCUUGAAGGGUCUAGUGUCGUUAUUGUGGAUCCUCCCAGGAAAGGAUUGCACCCAUCUGUUAUCAGCGCUUUACAGAAAGUUGCUUUGUCUGAGCGCAAGGCAUACAAGGCUAAAAGUUCGCUUGCAAAGGUUAAGGAUGAGAAGAGACCAUGGAUCUUACGGGCAAGGGAGGCAGCAGUUCAUGUUGAUAGUACAACAACUGAAGAGGGCAGCGAAACGUGGCCUGAGACUCUCAUAUAUAUUAGCUGUGGAUGGGAAAGUUUUAAGAAGGACUGCAAAAGCUUGAUAUCCAGCAAGGCCUGGCAGUUGGAGAAUGCUCAUGCUUUUAACUUCUUCCCUGGCACAGAUAGCAUUGAAAUCCUGGCGAUCUUCAAACGGGAAUCAGAAGCUGGUCAAAAGAAAAAGAAGAAAGCAAAAAAGAAGAAGGCUAAGUAGAUUAACAAAAGACUGACCCACCUGUAACUGGAAGGCAGGAGGUGGCACAGGCGCUCACCUUGCGGAUCUUCAGUAAUUAGUACUGAUCCAGAAAAGGUACAGAAUGAGUGCUCAUGGCUGCUGAGGAAUUUUACACCCACUAAACCAGUCAAGUGGACAAUAUGUGACUAGCAUAUAUUAACUUGACACAAGGUAAUUACAGAAACUUUCUCAGCUAGACCCUCUAAGUUUUGCCAGAACAGGAAGUUCUAUAUUAGAUCAGCAACUUCCAUUCUGUAGUAUGAAGUAAAAAAAAUAAAAAGAAAAGCGCAUAUUUCAAUAGUUAGAUGACUCUUCUGAUUGGGCCCUUUUAUUCUAGUGAUGAAUCUUCAACUUUUCAUCAGAUAUUUCUAGUCACUCAAGAUGUAUCCGUCCAAAAGGGUCAGCUCGGAAUGAAAGGGUCUUUUUUUUUGCAUGCAGGUUAGCUAGAGUUGAGUGUGCUUCUCUCUCCAAGAUGCACUAUGUUAGUAGACAAAAGGUAGAGAUCUCAGUCAGCAAGGUGUUAAAUAUGCUAUUACUAGGUUGGUGAUAGGCCGUUUACCCCGAAUUCUGCAGCCCCUUUGAUGUAAUUUGUACCUUUGUCAUGUUUCACUGUACAUUAAUGAAAAGCCCGCACUAUCAUUUGCCGCUACACCAA